UUUUUAACUGGAGUCAGCUGCUUUAGCAGAACGUAUCAUGUGAAGAAUUGUAAUGUAGAAAAGAGACAGUUACUCGGAUUUAAGGCCUGGAAUUAGAAGGGCCAAGCCAUCAAGAGCUGGACUGAAUCUGGGGCUGCUGCUGCCCACCAGCCCAUGGGAGGCUGAGGCCAAAUGAAGCUGAAGUUUGUGUGUCCAUGAAAUCGCAGGUGGAGUUCAGCAGGCGCUGAGUUUGCAUUUAACUGCUCAUUUUCUGAUUUUGAGUCACAAUAUUUCUCCAAGCGAAAGGCCACAAGUCUGGAAAACAUCCAGUUUAUUCCUUCAGAAUUCUCUGCCAUCAUUUCAGCACGGAAGAGCCAAGGCAAAGCUGGAACCUGCUGCUGAUGGGGAUGGAGGGACAGUCCCAACACCUCCAGUAGAUUUGUGGAGAGGAGAAGAUGCUCCUCUCUGAAACCCAGAGCUGCUGGGAGCACAAUAAGGAUCUCUUAAACCCCUUCAAACAAAACACUUUCGCAGAGCACAGCUGAAGGCUGGAGGUUUCUUCCCUCUCUCCUCCCCGUCACGAAGGGGCACCAAAUUCUCCUGAUCCACAGGAAGAAGUGCGAGUGGGCAAACUGCAUCCCUGCCAGGAGCAACAGAGCUAAACUUAGCUGCACAAAGUGUCAAGGAACAAUGGCGAGGAGGACAAGCGGCUCCCAGCACCGGCUGAAAUCCACUGGGAUGUGUGUAUGGAAAGGAGCACUUCUGGAGCCAAGAGGGGGAGCACCUACCAGGGACUGGUGUUUCUGUAGGACAAGGUCCCAAUUCCAGUGAGAUCCUCUUCAUCCCAGCUUUUCGCUGGCUGGAGGGAAGCCCGUGUGGGGCGAAGGCUCCGGGACGCAGUGUUUCCCUGUGGAGGGAUGCCCCUGCCCCGGCCUGGCCGCACAGGAUCCCCGAGCAGCCUCAGCCGCCGCGUCCCGGAGGCGCAGGGGGCCGGUGCCGCUGUCCCGGACAUUGUCCUUGAGGAGCGCGGCACCGGAGCCGCGCCGCGCCGGAUCGCCGCCCUCCCUUUUCAUCCGCGCGUCCCUCGGCACAAGCGGUAAAAAUAAACCCUGAGAGGCGCCCGAGCCUGGCCGCUGCCCAAGCUGCAUCCGCAGGACGCAGGUGCAGCGAGCCCCGACCUUGGGGAGACUUGGAUCAUGAAUAUAAGUGAAGACUUUGACGUCAGAGUUGAGAUUUAUCAGCAGAUCCAAUGGGGCAGGAAUAUUAAGUGCAAGUCGAUGCCAGCUCUCUGCCAACGCUAUUAGCGAUGCUCGCCGAGGAAUGAGGCUUCGCACCAAGGGCUGGAAGGACCGGCAAGGAAAAAAAUAAAAACGGGGUUGGGGGAGCAAGCUGAUCCUCGAGCAUUAAAACCAGCGAUGCUGCACGGCCCCGCCGCCAUGGGGGAGCCGUGGCCGCCGCAGCCGCAGCAGCAGCGGCUCCCGGGGCUCGGCAACGCCUCGGAGCCCCCAGCCUGGCCCUCGGCGGCGGCGGCCGGGCCGGGCACGGCGGCGCCGGGCGGCGGGGCCGCGGCCGCGGGGUCCGUGAGCCCCUGGGACAUCGCGCUGUGCGCCACGGGCACGGCGGUGGCGGGGGAGAACGCGCUGGUGCUGGCCGUGCUGUUCUACACGCCGAGCCUGCGGGCGCCCAUGUUCCUGCUGAUCGGCAGCCUGGCGCUGGCCGACCUGCUGGCCGGGCUGGGGCUGGUGGCCAACUUCGCCGUGCGCUACCUGCUGCGGCCGCCCAGCGAGGCGGCGGAGCUGGCGGCGGCGGGGCUGCUGCUGGCCGCCUUCUCCGCCUCCGUCUGCAGCCUCCUGGCCAUCACCGUGGACCGCUACCUGUCGCUGUACAACGCGCUCACCUACCACAGCGAGCGCACGCUGGGCUUCACCUGCGCCAUGGUGCUGCUGAUGUGGCUGCUGUGCCUGGGCGUGGGGCUGCUGCCCCUCCUGGGCUGGAACUGCCUGCGGGACCAGAGCUCCUGCAGCAUCCUGCGGCCCGUCACCAAGGACAAUGCGGCCGUGCUGGCCGUCACCUUCCUGCUCCUCUUCGCCCUCAUGAUGCAGCUCUACCUGCAGAUCUGCAAGAUCGCCUUCCGGCACGCCCAGCAGAUCGCCGUGCAGCACCAGUUCAUCGCCACGGCGCAGGCCACCUCCACCCGCAAAGGGCUCUCCACGCUGUCGCUCAUCCUCGGCACCUUCGCCCUGUGCUGGAUCCCCUUCGCCAUCUACUCCCUGGUGGCCGAUUCCAGCUACCCCGCGGUGUACACCUACUCGCUGGCACUGCCCGCCACCUGCAACUCGCUCAUCAACCCCAUCAUUUAUGCCUUCAGAAACCCGGACAUCCAGAAGUCGCUCUGGCUGGCCUGCUGCGGGUGCAUCCCUUCCACGUUCUCCUCCAGACCAAGGACAUCCAGCGACGUGUGAGGACUGAGCACGGAGCCAGAGGUGCUCCCUGGCUCUCCUGCUCCUUCUCUUUUUCCCCUCUGUCGUUAUUGUCUCCUACCGGGAGGAGUCCCUUCCCCGGUCAGCACAUCUCGUUCCAUGGAAAGAUGGCCAAAAAGAGGGAAAAAAAAAAAAAAAAAAAAAAAAAAAAGAGAGAGAGAGAAAAGGAAAGAGAGAGAGAGAGAGAGAGAGAGUAGAAUGAUAAUGGUUUCCUUUAGAAAUGUUAUUUUCUUACACAUUUUAUUUUUUAUUUAAAAACACAAAAA